CGGUGGGUGGGUGUUUGGGGAGCGCAUGGCAAAGUGGGUUGCAGGCUGUGUGUACUUGGCUGGCAUUGAGGCCCGCUGCGGGCUGGGCAUGGCAGACGUGUCGGUUAAGCGGGCGUGUUGGCGCGGCGGCAAGCGGGUUGCUGGGCUGGCUGCCGUUGGCAUGGAGCGGCCCGCGGCGCACGUGUGCAUUGAGCGAUUGGUUGACCGCAUCCUAGGCUGCGCCCUGCGGGCCUCGAAGGAAAAAGCUACGCCGCGCGCGGGCCCCGCGGGGCAGUGUGCUGAGGGCGACCUCGCCGGUGAUCUGCUGCGCUUCCUCGGCAGUGCCUCGGGCAGGGCGGCGCGCAGCAGGAUGGUCGAAAUGGCCACAGACCUGGCCGCCCUGGGGAAUUCCACCGGGCGCACAACGGGGCUUGGCAUGGGCACCGUCAGCGGGUUGGCUGUGAGUUUGGCGCUGGAGCAUGUGUGUGGGUGGCCGUUGCGGCACUCCCAGCGGCUGGUGCUCGUGCGGCUGGUUUCGCUGCAUGCGCAUGUGAGUGCGGCGCAUUUAAUGACGCAUGUCGAGGGGACGCUCCGGAGCUUGGCCGCCGAUGCCUUGCGGUGGGUGCCGUGGCUGCGGGAGGGCGAGGUUGAUAAGGACUCGGUGCCGGCGUAUUUCGGCGAUAUUGUGGGCUGCUUUCGGCACUCGCUAAUCGGCGGGGUGGCGGAUGCUCCGGCGUCGGUGGUGCGCGCAAGGAGGCUGGAGGCCUGCAGGAGAGAGCUGCUGGACGGUGCUGGUGCUGGUGCUGGUGCUGGUGAGGAGCUGAGGAGCGCUCGUGACGCGGGCGUUGAUCUGCCCAGCGUGCUGAGCCUGCCCAUGCACACGCUGGACGAAAUGAAAAAGUCGAGGGAGAGGGCCGCCAAACGCACCGAGCGGGAGCGCAGAAGGCUGGACGACGAGGAGGUCGGGCCUGAGGAUAUGUCUGAUGACGAGGCAUCGGCCUAUUUGAUCUGAUCAGCAGAUUUAUUUUAUUUUGGUUGCUGGCAGAAGGCUAGAAGGAAUGACGAAAGGGCGCUUGCUGGCAGGAUUUU